GGGAGCCUGGGCGCAUGGGGGUGGCCCUAUAACCCAGGACAACCUCGGGGACGAAGACCCCAGUAGGGCGCCAUCCCGGUGUCGGGGACGCGUCGACCCGGGGCGUGGCGACCUCGGUCGUGGACAUUCCCUGGCCCUGAGCGCUGCUCCCGGAAUAGCAGCCCGGGGUGGCGGAUGCAGGCGCCCAGUCCCAAGGUCACCAGCACCCACAGGCAGGGACACCACGUGGGGGCGCACGGGGGCCGCUGCCCUCCCCAGCGUGCCCUGGGCCCCGUCGCUUCCGCUCGCUCGGGGCACCCGGAGCUUGCCCGCUGCGCAGUCGAUGGGGAAACUGAGGCCCCGAGCUGCUCCACCAUCAGCCUCCCCCUCUCCUCUGCAGACCCCCUAGCUCUAUACCACACCCCUGCAGAUGAAGCCACGAGAUGCCAGCUGGACCCGAGCCAGGUCAUCAUCCCCUGCUGCACCCCAACUGGGGGCUCCCUGCUGCUGGGGUCUCAUAGAAUCACAGACUGAUCCCAGCUGGUCCCAGCUGCACAGACGGGGAAACUGAGGCCUGGGGAAGUGGAGUGGCCGGCCUCUGGCCAUGCAGGAAGGUAGAAGCAAUGAUGACCUGGAAAGUGAGACGAGAAGGGCUCAGAGAGUUUAGUUACUCUCCAAGAUCACACAGCCAGCUAGGGCAGAGAUGGGGUCCAGCCUCUGUCCUGCGUGUGCCAGCUGCAUGGGCCUCCUCUGCUCCCCCAGACCCCGCCCUCUGCAGAAUCUCCUUCUCUUGCUGUGGACCCUUCUGAGCUGUGGUUCGGAGGUCAGCGCUCAGGGUCCCGGGGAGUGGACGCCGUGGGGGUCUUGGACCCGCUGCUCCAGCUCGUGCGGGCGGGGUGUCUCAGUGCGCAGCCGCCGCUGCAUCCGGUUUCCGGGGGAAGAACCGUGCUCUGGGGACAGCCAUGAGUACCGCCUCUGCCAGCUCCCAGACUGCUCACCAGGGGCCAUGCCUUUCCGAGACCUUCAGUGUGCCCUCUACAAUGGCCGCCCUGUCCUGGGUGACCAGAAAACCUACCAAUGGGUACCCUUCCAUGGGGCGCCCAACCAGUGCGACCUCAACUGCCUGGCCAAGGGGCAAGCCUUCUACCACAGCUUCGGCCGCGUACUGGACGGCACGCCCUGCAGCCCAGGAGCCCAGGGCCUCUGCGUGGCUGGCCGCUGCCUGAACGCCGGCUGUGACGGAGUGCUGGGCUCUGGCGCCCUCGAGGACCGCUGUGGCCGCUGCGGCGGCGCCAAUGACUCCUGUCUCUUCGUGCAGCGCGUGUUCCGUGACGCUGGUGCCUUCGCCGGGUACUGGAACGUGACCCUGAUCCCCGUGGGCGCCAGACACAUCCGCGUGGUGCAGCGGAGCCGGAACCACCUGGCGCUGAUGGGCGGCGAUGGGCGCUACGUGUUCAAUGGUAACUGGGCAGUGAGCCCCCCGGGCACCUAUGAGGCUGCGGGCACCCGCGUGGUCUACACCCGCGCCGCGGGGCUGGAGGAGACGCUGCAGGCGGCCGGGCCCACCUCCCAGGACCUGCUCCUGCAGGUCCUCCUGCGGGAGCCCAACCCUGGCGUCCAGUUUGAGUUCUGGCUUCCUGGAGAGCGCUACGGCCCCUUCCAGGCACAGGCGCAGGUCCUGGGCUGGGCCCAGCGGCAGCCACAGCUCCGUGAGGUGGAGCCCCAGCCCCCCCAGCUCCUUGACUCUCCCAUGGCCCGAGCCCCCACACGGGCCCCAGACCCCUGCCCACCCUGCCCUGACACCCGUGGUCGUGCCCACCGGCAGCUACACUACUGCGGAAGCGACUUUGUGUUCCAGGCCCGAGUGCUGGGCAGCCACCGCCAGGCCCAGGAGACCCGCUAUGAGGUGCGAAUUCUGCUCAUUUAUAAGAACCACUCUCCACUGCGGACUCGAGAGUAUGUGUGGGCACCUGGCCCCUGCCCCUGCCCACCGCUGGCUCCCCAUCGGGAGUACCUGCUAGCUGUCCGACGCCUCGUCAGCCCCGAUGGCACACAGGACCGGCUGCUGCUGCCCCACGCUGGCUAUGCCCGGCCCUGGAGCCCUGCAGAGGACAGCCGGGCACGUCUGACCGCCAGGCGCUGUCCUGGCUGAGUCCCUAGAGGCAGCCUUCAAAUUCAGUGUAUCUCUUCUUUCACCCUGGUGUCCUGGGAGCUCAGCAGUAUCUCCCACUUGCAACUAUGUGAUUCCCUGUUGCACACGGACACCUCUGCAUACAGUUGGAUCCACUGUCACGAGCAGGCAGGCACUGCAGAGGACACACAGACUGAGCAGACUCUGACUCUUAUUUCCCCUCUCAACUUGGCUGCCAGGAAGCGCAUAGUUGUUUUACACUCAGAAAUUUUUUAUCUGCUUUCAUUCAUCUCACAUCACAUUCACUUGUUUAGAGAUACUGUCACAAACAAGCAUGUCCCAGGGGGAAAUAUGCCUGACAAGAUAUUAUAAUGUAUCCAUUUCCCCUCUUUCCCUGGGUACCAGGAAGCUUCUCUCCAUUUAACUCCCUGACACUCUGUGCUCAUGCUCAAUUUUCUCUGCCGCUCGAAACCCACCCUCGUGUAUUCAUUCAGAGACACUCACCAACAGGCAUGACCCUUCGAAGACAUGCAUAGCCAGGCACUAUAGCCUAUGGAUUUCUCCCUUUGCCUUGGUUACUAGGAACGACACAGGCAGUCCUGGCCCGGGGCGGGGGCGAUGGUCCCUUCCUUACCUUCUGUGAUGGUCCUCUGGGACCCUGGCCGCAAGGUGACAGCCCAGGACCCAGACACUGCCAGGAAGGUGCAGCGGAGUUCUGGGCAGAUGUGCACUGCUUGGGCGCCCCCUGGGGGUGAAAGGAUUCGAUGCGCCGGCGUGGCUGGUGCGCCCCUUUCCCGUGAGCGUCCAUCCCCUUCAAAAACCGUCCCUUAUACCGGGGCCAACAUCAAGGCCCCCUGUCAGGCCUCCCUGGGCUGUCAUUGCUGUCUCUCUCUCCCCUUCUGCUCCCCAGGGCUGUGCCCUGUGCCCUGCUCUGGCUGCAGGGGAUGUGACACCUGCCCAGGAGACUCCACACGACACUUGGAGAGACAUGCACUGGGCCCAGUCUGGCUUGGCCCCUGCGUGAUGGCCUGAUGCCCGCGACGGGAUGGGGCGUGGGACCCGUGACAAAGCCAUCCCCACACCAGGAGUGCAGGGGCAGAUGUCCCCAGGCCACACGGACAGGGAUCACUCAACUUCACUUCCAAACUGCACAGCCCUCGUGCUGCUCACCUAACAUUGGUAAAAACAUCAUUGCUCUAGGAAUUGGGUUUUUUUUGUUUUUGUUUUUGUUUUUGGUGCUGGGGAUGGAACCCAGGGCCACCCACAUACUAGGGAAGUGCUCACCACUGGACUGCACCCCAGCCAUUUUUUAGCUUUUAUUUUCUGACAAGGUCUCACUAAGUCACUAUGUGGCCCAAGUUGGGCUCAAACUUGGGAUCCUCCUGCCUCAGCCUCCCAAGUAGCUGGGAUGACAGGUGUGUGCCAACAUGCUUGACCUAGGGAGAAGUAUUUUAUUAUCAGCAUUGGUGAAUUCCAGUUGCUGAUGACAAUGACAAGCACAUAAGAUUUGGAAACUUUUAUUAUUACUUUUAUUAAUUCUCUAAAGACAGCACAUGUCCUGUUACCUGCAUGGGACUGACCCUAAACCAUGAUCUCCACCUAAGCCCCAGGCUGCUGGUCUGGGGAGGCUCUAUGCCCAAGCAGCUUCUGCCUGGCCAUAGACUCAGCCUCAUGGCUGUGGGUUACAGUGGGGGCAGCAGGCCGCUCACUCAGAGAGAGACAGAGGGUGCUAACGCUGGCACAUGUGCUGGGAAAAAGUUUGAACCCAGUCAUGGCGGUCCACAACUGUCCACCCAGGGUUCUGGGAGGCUGAGACAGGAGGAUCUCAAGUUGGAGACCAACCUGGGCAACUUAGCAAGACCCAGUCUCAAAAUAAAAAAUAAAUAGGGCUGGGAAUGGACCUCAGAGUGAAGCCCCUGGGUUCAAUUCCAAGUACUCCACCAAAAAGAAAAAAAAGGCCACAUCUCUGCCUGAUAAGAUGGGGGCGGGGCUCCUACACACCCCUGCAAGGGUUCCAGGUGUGGGUUUGCCUGGCCAGGCUGCAGGCUGUCUGCUAAGGGGUUGAGCUGGAGCCCAUUUACAUAGGGGUGGAUACUGAGCAUGGAGCCAGGGCCUGAUGCUAGCCAAGCACUCACCCCUGAGCUGUACCCUCACCCCUUUUUUAUUUUGAGACAGGAUCUUUCUAUGUUGGCCGGGCUGGCCUCAAACUUGUGAUCCUCCUGCCUCAGCCUCUUGAGCAGCUGGAAUCACAGGUGUAUGCCACCCUUAAGGAAAAGGUGAGGGGUGCAAACCGAGCCUCCCCCACAUCCCCUCCCAGGGGCCAUGGUGGAAACCUCAUUCUUCAGACCUGCUGGGCAGAUGAGCAACACAGCCGCAGAAUGCAGGGACCACAGGGCGAGGCUCAUUAAUGAUUACUCACAAGUUGUUCACUUAUUCUGAUAAAGCCUACUUCCUGGGUAAAGCCAAAGUCCUCCUCAUGUUCUCCAAGCACCCAUGGGUCCACCCCCAGGACUCCCACCUCUCUCUCUGCCCCUAGUCCCUCUGCCCCAGCCACAGGAGCCUCCUAGUGCUCUCCCAAUUCACCAGACUCUUUCCUGCCCCAGGGCCUUUGAACUGUGAGUUCCUGACUGCAGACCCAGACCCCAUCUCCCAGCAGACUUCCUUCUCCCCUGCAUAUUCCUGUUUAUCUACCUCUGACCUGUUAUAUAUUUAUCAUCUCAACCUGCACCUCCCCAGCUGGGUGCUGUGGCCAGUCCUGUAAUCCCAGCUGCUCAGGAGGAGUCUGAAGCAGGAGGAACUCAAGUUUGAGGGCAGCCUGAGUAUCUUAGCAAGACCUUGUCUCAAAAUAAAAAUAUACUUUGAAAAGGGCCGAGGUGGCAGGGUGUGGUAGCACAUACCUGUCAUCUUAGCACUUGGGAGGCUGAGGGAGGAGGAUUGGUGAGAGUUUGAGACCAGCCUGGGCUACAUAGUGAGUUCAAAGGCAGUAGCCUGAACUACAUAGUGAGACCCUGUCUCACAAAACAAAAAAGGCCCUCGUGCCCUUGGUUCAAUUCCCAGUACCACACACUGACACACAGUGGCCCCCCACUGCAGCCAACCUGACCUGGACAGGGGCCACUCUAUUUUAUAAUACAAUAUUAGAUUUAA